CCGAUAUGUCCUUUUUGCAAGCGGAAGCCUUUACGUUGGGAAUGUGUAAUAUCUGUCUGAAUCAUCUAGACACGAUAUAGAGAUUAGCCUUUUCUGGUUGUAGUGGGAAACCGAAUCUGUCGUGGUUGCGGAAAGCCCCAUCAAGGUCAUCCUUCAAUUUCUGCUCCUCCUGCUCCUUCCUCCUCAACUAGUUACUCCUCUAACAUCGCUCACCAAACACAGACAUGGAGAACGGCGAGAACGAGGCUCGUGAUCCUUCCGGCUUCCUCAGCGCAAUCAUCGGGGCUCCCGUCACGGUGAAGCUGAAUUCCGGUCUUGUCUACAAGGGAGAAUUGCAAUCGGUUGAUGGAUACAUGAACAUUGCGCUUGAGCAAACCAAAGAAUACGUCAAUGGUCAGCUUUCGCGGACGUAUGGCGAUGCCUUCAUUCGCGGCAACAACGUAAUGUACAUCUCAGCCGACUCGUAAGACUUCAGGGACCUAUCUCUCGGAAUCUGAUUUGAAGUGGCUCAAAAAGAUCAUAAUAUUGAAGGAAGCUUACAAGAUGCACAAGAGAGUUCUAUCUGAAGCUUCGUGAGUCUUUACGAUAUGACCAGCCGACACUGAGAACAUAGAGAUAUGGACUCCAGAAUGAUGGGAUGCUUCAAUUUUAGGGAUGUCAUAUCAUAAAUAUAGGAUUUUCUACCUAACCGAUCCAAAUUGUCGACCAUGUCACAUCAGUCGUUGCAGCAGCUCAUCUCUCUAUACAUUAUCUUCAUAUGUCCCUCUAUUCUUGACACCAUUGCUAU